CAAGAAGAGAAGCAGCAGAAGGAGGAAGAGAAGGAGGUGGAGGCUGAGUGAUCGGCGGAGUAGAGAGAGAGAGGACGCCUGCGCGGAAUCCCCGGGCGGGCGCGGGCAGUGCCACCGGAGGCCCGGCGGUUUCAGAGCUUCGCCCGGGACGACGAACCGCAGACGACCUGUACGCAAAACUCGGCCGUGCGUUAUCCGGAGGCUACGCUGCCCUCCGUAAGUGUAUAAACGAGGAAGAAAGAAAAAAAAUAUAAAGGGUUCGAGAGAUCUUUCGCACGACGAAUAAGAAUUUAGAAACAACAGAGACUCGGCUCGUUUUUUUUCUCGUGUCGAAUAUUAGCAACGGCAACGUAUCGUUUACGCGACAUAACAUAAUAUGUGAUACAGUGUCGUCGCAAAGGUGCCAAUUGGAUAAGGUAGAAAACUUUUUCAUUAGAGUUGAGGAAACGAAAGAGAGAAAGAAUAUUACGAGAAGGUGUCGCUGCCGGUGGAGAUUUGUAAAGGCUGUGGAAAGAGAAAGAGGAAGAAGAAAGACAUGAACGACGUCUGGUAGCGACACCGACUGCGGAGAACGAACGCGGUGAGAUGACGAAGGAUUAGGAGAAACUGAAAGAAAGAGAACGAGAGAGAGAGAGAGAGAAAGAGAGAGAGAAAAGCAUUGAACGCGCGCGCGAGCAAUACAGAGAGAGAGAGAGAGAGAGAGAGAGAAAUAACAGGCUAGAGAGUGGCGUGGUGCACCAGGACGGUGUGGUGCGCGCUGUGAGAUGUCAGUUGACCAUCAGUCGAAGACAUCCACGUUGUCGUCGUCGUCGUCGUCGCCGUCAUCGUCGUCGUCGUCGUUGUCGUCGUCAUCAUGAGGAGAUCCUCUUACGUCAACUAUUACGUCCUGUGCCUCGUCUGUUGGAUCCUUUUGGGUAUUACCGGUGUGAGCACCAGAUCGCAUUCCUUGGUGAAGAGGUUCGACGGGAUUUACACGGGUCCGUAUUUCGACUCGAACUCACCUACGAACAUAACGGCGCAACUAGGCUCUCAUGCGUAUCUACCGUGCAAAGUACGACAGCUCGGUAACAAAUCGGUCUCGUGGAUCAGGAGAAGAGACUCGCACAUACUAUCCGUGGAUAGGACCAUGUUCAUCCCCGACGAGAGGUUCCAGGCGAUCUUCGCGGACGCGUCCGACACUUGGACGUUGCAAGUGAAAUACGUCCAGGCACGGGACGAGGGCGAAUACGAGUGCCAAAUCUCGACGGAUCCGAAGAAGAGCCACAUUAUCAAGCUCAACAUCGUCGUGCCAAAAAUCGAGAUCCUGGGAGACCGGGACAUGUACGUGAAAACUGGAAGCACGGUCGCAAUACGUUGCACGAUAAAGCAAUCUCUCGAGGGGCCGUUCUACGUCUUCUGGUAUCACGAGGGCGAUCGCGUUCUCAAUUAUCAGCAGGGUAAGAUCGACAUACAGACUAAAAGGAUCGAUCACGAAACGAUUAGCAGUCUCGUGAUUCGCAACGCCAGGCGAGAGGAUUCCGGUAAUUACACCUGCAGUCCGAGUAAUUUGGACAGUGCCAGCGUGCAACUUCAUGUUUUGAACGGAGAACAUCCGGCGGCGAUCCAAAGGGGAAUUAGCUCGGCUCCUUGCGGUUGUCAUACGUUUUGGUGGUUCGUAGGAGUGGUCACGCUCUACUCGAGUCACGGAAGUCGAAACUACAUCCUCGUCCUCCUGGCCGUCAUGGUCCUUUACUCGAAAAAUCCAUCUUACUUCAUGCCGGAACGAUAAUCAGGAUCAUCGGGAAGGACCAAGCACGAACGAGCGAGCGAGCUAGCGAGCGUGCGCGCGAGAAUCGAUUAUCUUCGGCCAUGAAACGCUUUGUCUCUUAACCUCACGUCGAAGGGAUUUCUCGGGAAGGAAAGAGAGAGAGAGAGAGAGAGAGAGAGAGAGAGAUAGGAAUAAAGAUUUCCAUCGAUCGUUCAAUAUCGAAAAGAAGCUUGAAAAGCGUUAAAGUUAGGAUGUGACGAGAAUUCGAGGAGAAGAGCAGGCUCGAGAGAAUCGAAAACUUUUGUACGGACACGCGAAAGAUGAAAAGAAACGAAGACGAGAAUCGACGAGUUCGAAGAAGAACGAUCAUCGUUUCUAUCGUUUCGUCGCUGAAGACUGACCGCUCACUUUUUCUUUUUUUUUUUGCAAGCGAGCCGAAAGGAUAAUCGGAGAUUGAGAGAUAUUAAUUGUUGAUCGUUCGUUGAAGUGGCGAUUCAUUUGGAGAAUAAUGGUCUAAAAAAAAAGAGAAACAGGGAAAAACAUAGAAAAAGAAAAGGGGUAGAAAAGAGCAAACAAUCUUGGUACCGAGAUAUUGCAUAUUUAUAGAGUAACCCUUUCAAGUUACAGUCUUGUCAAUCUAUCAGCAAUAUCAAGGUCCAAAAUUCUUUCCGCGGGAUGAAAUUCUAAAAUUAUUAGAGAUGCAUUUCGUCUAUCGAGACAGUAUGAUCCGGCCGUUAGUAUCUUAGGUAUUAGAUAACUCGUGACGAUUUUUCGUUGGAUUCGCACGAGUUUCUUGAGCAGGCCGUGACUUCUCACGGGCCGGCUACCUUGUAUACGAGGACGUAUUACGCGAGGAUCGUGGCCAAUUUCAUUAUUUCAAUAAACUACGGACGGACUAUAAGCCUACGUUCUAUUUUUAAAAAGAAAAUGAACGAAGAAAAAAGCCAAAUUCAGCAACGAAAAAUUAUAUAUCCGCGAAGCGUACCGAUGGCACAACGAUCAUUAUUAUUUCCUUUGCUUUAGACACUAUAUUUAUCACGAUCUUCCCGUUUUCGUGCUCUUGUCUUUGUCGAGAAAGUUCAAAGAAAUAUAAAAAAAAAAAAAAAGAAAAAAGAAAAAAAAAGAAGCAGUAUAAAGAUCUCGAUAACGAGAUGCCCCCCUCCCCCAACACCGAUAAUCGAUGAUCGCGCGUCACUAGAACGAUCGUGGAGGUCCUGUCGAGGUCAUCGAAGGGUUUCGUAGUUUCUGUUAAUUACCGACCAGAUCAAGUCACGAGUCGGCGGUAGUUAACGAUGGAAGGAUAACGUGAAAUAAUGCGAAAGAAUGCAAAAGAGAGAGAGAGAGAGAGAGAGAAACAAACAGAGAAUGAUGUAAGACAAAAGAAACUUCGUCCACGGCACUCGAAAGAAUUGAAACUUGUUCGAUGAAACUUGUAAAGACAAUGUGAUUAAUUAUAUUUCCAUAGCGAUCGAUUAGCAAAGCGUGUCUAUACUCGACGUCCAUACCGUUUUCAUUCCAGGAUAGUAGCGAGAGAACGUAGCGACUACAAACCUUUUUACUUGCUUUCCUUUUUUGUUUUCUUUAGCAAUCGGGCCGAGAAAAUUCUCCCUCCGUCUUCGAUGAUGGAUUAGACGUAACGCCAAAAACGUCGAACGAGUCGAACCAUCCUACGGCGAGAUCUUUUUUAUCCGAGAGCGAAAUCGAUUUAUCGAUACGAAAACGACGAGCACCUCUAAUUAACCAAAAAAGAAAAACGUUCAUAUCAAAUGUCGAUGUCGACCCUUCAUAUCAGAUCUUUUUCCGAGAUCGUUUUCGUGAUCUUCGCUCGAAGCUAAUCAAAGUCGACGAGAUCGAAAAGUUCGUGGCGUUUAAUUAAAGUCAUCAUAUAAUUAAUCUUUUUCAUUGAAAAAAAAAUUCCUUGAAAAGAAAAGCGUUUUAAUUUCUUUCUCUGUUCUCGGACGAAGAUUUAUCGUAAAGACUUAGCGUGCAGGACGGAGGAAGAUGAAAAAAAAAGAAAAUAGAAAAUGAAAUGAUUCUCUCUCGUAUCGAUCCAUGAGAAUGUGAUGGUCGGUAAAAAAAGCGCAUUGAGUAUAAACACGAAACAUCGAAAUGUGUCAUGUAACCGUGCGUGCGUGCGUGCGAUUUUAGUAGUAUAAAGGGUGUCAAAUGUCUUGCUUUUUUCUUUUCUUUCUUUUCUCUUUUUUCUCUUUUUUUCUCGUUUGAUUAUUAUCAUUUAACAAUCGAUUCGUUGAUGGAAUGAGAAAAGAAAGAAACGGUUUUCAUCUUGUAUCUCGCGAUCCGCACGGACGGCUACUACAAUAACAAGGACGGAUAUACAGCUUUUUGAGAAGAGGGCUUUCUUUCUGUCGAUUGAGCCCUUUCGUGAGUUUCCUUUACUUCUCGCGAGUAUUAGAAAGAGUACUGUUAUUUAUAAUAUUAUAUAUAUAUAUAUAUAUAUAUAAAUGAAUAUAUAUAUCUAUAUAUAUAUAUAGGUAUCUAUAUAUAUACAAACGGAGCAGAUAAAUAUAUAUAUAUAUAUAUGUAUGUAUAUGUAUAUGUGUACGCGCGCAAAUACGUUGCACAAUGGUGUUGAGUAUUGAACAAGUUUCAGCUCGUCGAGUAAAGGAGAGACGUAGAUCCAACGGAAAGUUACGAUCCCUUCGACGAAGAGAGGGCAUCGUCGUGAAAGUGUCACGAGAAGAUCGUAGGGUGUCGGCUGAUGUAUUUAAGUAGCGUGUAACGAAGGAAAAGGCGAGUGAAGAAAAAUAUUCAGUAAGAAAAAGAGAGAGAGAAACGAACGAUACGUAUAGAAUAUCUACGAUUCAUGUGAUUGUAAAUACAUAGUACAUAAAUAACGUAACGUUAACUAACGAUAUGCCGUACGUGUUACACUAAAGAAACAAAAAAAAAAAGAUAAAUAACGUUACUGUGUAAUUUUUUGGAUCGUAAAUGCAUUGGAAUGGGUCUGGCCGCCUGUGCUAACCGGUUUGAUGUAAUCGUGUAAAAGAAAGGGAAAGAUAAAAUUACAAGAUGUAAAGAAAGAAAUAGAGAGAGAGAGAGAGAGAGAGAGAGAGAGAGAGAGAGAGAAAUUUCCCGUCGGAACAAUAGCAAUUUCAAUCUUUCAUAAAAUCGCGUAACAAUAGUAAAAAUCAUAAGAAUUUUGAUUACGCGCGGUAGUCCAUUCUUGUGAAUUUUGUUUUCUUCCACGAGUCGUGUUCCGUGCGGUUGAUCUCUCGACGAUACGAAUUUCUCGCGAUAAAGAGAUAGUGAAGGUGGCACACAUUUGCGCGCAUGUUUCUUCGUGUGCGCGAUUGCGUCAGAGAGAGAGAGAGGGAGGAAGGGAGGGUGAAGAAAGGACGAGAACGGUAGGACGCGUUUAUCCUCAAUCGGAUAAAAAGGGUCCGAGGAUAGCACGGGCCGGCCACACGCGACUAGAUGUAACACUAAUUAACGCCUAGCGUAAGACUUAAACGGAUAUAAAUGAAGAUAUAUUGUCUGAUAUAAUAAGAUGAGAGCGUGCGCGAGUGCCUCUGCGAGCGAGUGCGUGUACUUGCGUGCUUGAAUGGGUGAAUGUCUUGCGUACAAGAGGAAUAAAAAAAAUGAGUAAACGUGUCGUGAAUAAGCGUGCGUUCGUUGAAUGUGCAAACGAACGGUUGAAAGAUAGAUAAGGAGAGAAAGAUAGAGAGAGAGAGAGAGAGAGAGAGAGAGAGAGAGAGAGAGAGAGAGAGAUAGCGAGAGGUUCGUUGGACUGACGCGACAAGGCGUUGGUCGAAUGACGCACUUUCGAAUAAAAAGGGGCGACUGGGGACAACUUCUUGUAUCUUCUUUUCCUUCUUCCCGCGCCUCGCGAGGCCACUCUUCGUAGACUUUGGAGAUAAAAGAAAUAGAGAGGAGGAGGAGGUGGUAGCAGCAACAGCACCUCGAGGCCACAAUUAAAACACGCGCAGCUCCGUUUCGCGUUUUUCGCGCGGCCUCCCCUCGCCGGGUGGAAGAAGGAAACUCAUGAUGUGCUCGUCCUCGUCGCUCCUUUGUUAACGACGAAGAAGAAAUGAAAGCAUGUGUGUAAGAGAGCAAGCGAGCGAACGAGAGAGAGAGAGAGAGAGAAACACGAGAUAACGCGAAAUGAGAUGGUAACGGCGAAGAGGAGAAAUAAAUAAACACACAUGUACGCAUACACGAUACACAGAGAUACACGUAAACAUACAUACAAACAACACAUGUCGUCUAGGGUACAUAAACUAUAACGUCGUAGGCAGCAUUGAAUUUUUGUACCAACGUCUAUUGUAGCUCUUAAGUGUCGCGAAUUCUUACGUUCUCGUACGACGACGGUGAAGCCACCGCCGUUCGUUGGUUUUUUCGUUUUCUCGAUGAAGCCAAAGCGGGCAGCGGACUCGGAAGAGGCAGAAGAUGCGCUUUUUUCAUCGAUCGAAAUUAAUCGACUAACUUUUAUAAACAUCUUCUUAUCGGCGUUCCAAAAGUCAAUUUAUUUUCGAACGAUCCAUAGACCUGUUUCGAGAAGGAUCGAUCGAUCGAAAAACGUUGAAAGCCCUCGAUCCGCUCCCCUUGGUCCAAUCGACCAAGAUCCACGUCGAUUCCCGAGAGUCGCGGUACGAAUUUCGAGAGAAAGAAAGAGAGAGCGAGAGAGAGAGAGAGAGAGAGAGAGAGAGAGAGAGAGAGAGAGAGAGAGAGAGAGAGUUAGGAGUAAGAGAGCAAUUUAAUUCGAGCGACGCUUGACCGUCCUAAAAGUUCGUCUAUGUGCUCUUACGCGUCUAUAGUCGUGUUAAAACUUUUGUGAUAGCGUUAACGAGUCGAAUCAGCGCGUAAGAUUCGAUCGUGAUGGUUGAACGAAUGAGAAGAAAAUUGAUCGGUAGCCCGGAACGAUCAAAAAAAGAAAAAAGAAAAAAAAAAAGAAAAGAAGGAAGAGGGAAGGAGGAGAGAAUAGCGAAAACGGCACUCGGAGGAGAAAGAAUUUCGAAAUUGGGUUGCCGAGAAAAGAUUUUAGCGUUGAACAUAGAAUAGGAGAACGAAUCUCCGCUUCGGCGCGAGACAAAUUUUUUGUCCACGUCAGAAGAUUCGAAGUACACGAGCGAUUUUGACAACUUUUUUCUCUUCCAUCUCUACACGAUUUAUAUUUCGUGAGAAUGAGAAAUAUUUCGCCGUAUAAACUUCGACGUUGAUUCGACCGUAGGGAAUACGUUUUAUGAUCCAAUUUGGGAUCGUUUGCCGGUAAUAGUGCUCUUUCCUUUGCGCGUGUAACCCGAUCGCUGAAAGUACGUUUGGCUGCCAAGGAUCGGAUGGAAGAUGAGACUCGUAGUAGACUUUCGUUAUCGAUCGAAACCCUCGGGACGACAAAACGAUUUUUCUUGCGUUUCCUCGAGAUGAAACGCAAGAAGAAUCAAAAAAGAUCGAAGCUCCUGGGAACAAUAGGGUCUCGAGGAAUGGAAAAGAAAGAAACUCGAAAGUGGGAUACCCCGUCAGGAACUUCGAUCUGAAAUUGUUUAUCGAACGAGCGAUUGAUUAUUUCUCAAGAGUCCUCCGAUAUAACGAUCGUCACGUUAACAAUACGCGGCAAACACACGUAGCGAAGGGUCUAAUUAAUCGUUAAUACGUCAUAUCUGCCAAUUCGAACGUUCGACGAAAUAUACGAUGCGGAGAAAUCAAGAGGGAAUAUAAAAGAGAUAAGGUCACUUUGUCGAGCGAGCGAAUGAGCGGAAGUCGUCGAAUAAAAAUAAAGAAAAAAGAGAAAAAAAGAGAGAGAGAAAGAGAGAGAGAGAGUGGGGGGGGGAAACAAGAGAGAUACGAAGAGGAAAACAUUGAGAAAAAAAAUUAUUCCUCGAAGAAAGCCUCGUCUCGUGGAUUCUAAUUCGUACACCUUACGCGCUUUAUGGUUUAACGAGAAUAAACUUUAAAGGAUCUACGAGAUGAUGCCGAGGACUGCGAAAAAGAGGACGAAAGAAGAAUGAGCGUGAGAGAGCGGCGUGAAAGUCGGGAGUGCCUGGCGGAAUGGCUGAGCAAGAAAAAUAAUAAAGGAAAAAAAAAGAAGAAAAAAAAAAAAGAAAUCAAUGUUAAAACCGAUCAUUAUCGAUUCGCAAGUUUAAAAGAAAAAAAAAGAAAAAAAAAAAAAAAAAGAAAAAAAAAGAAGAAAAAAAAAAGAAAACAGGUCUUCGUUAUCCGCCAUUUUCACACGUAUAUAAGUUCUGAAUCUCGUUUUGUACAGGUGUGGGCGAUACGCUCCUAGGGCAUCGCACUCUUUAAUCAUCUUUCAGUUUCAUUUUGUACUUCGAAACCCAGACGAAUUUAUUUCUCUUUUUACUUUGAUCUGUAUAACGAUGAAAUUAUCUGGGUAUCAAGAAAGAACAGUUCGAAACGGUGCCCUUGGAGCAAGCUCCACGUUGAGGUACGCUAUACAUACAAAUUUGAACCUUUCCGUUUUCGAUCUAUCGUGGCAAAGGGAGAAGAAAGAACUGCCCCGUUCUAUGUGUGUAAGAACCAUAAAGCUUAAUGAAGAACAUUAUACUAUGAACUUACGGGAUACUAAAUAAAAGUAAGCCAAACCGUU